AUGAAAAAUGUGGACACUAAGUUUGGAACCGCCGUGUCUUGCGUAUUGAUAGAUACCGAAAAAACACAAACAAUCAAUGUUUUCCUACCGAAAGCCAUCCGAAUGACGGACGUCGAUAUUUCCGAAUAUGUCAGCCUUUCCGUCGGCGAUCUCACCAGGCACGAGGCGUACCCCGAACAGAGCAUGAAGAAUGUGAACACACAAUUCGGGAUGGCGGUGUCUGCGUGUUACACAAAACCGCGGGGACACGCACUAUAA